ACUGGAGCACGACGCACGCGACCGUCUAGACCGUUCGGCGAAGCCACCGAAGCCCGGUUCACUUGGAAUUGUUAGAGGACUCGAUUAAUCUCUUAUCUCAAGAGGUUAGCUUAAUUUUCGACAGCAGGUCCGUUCCCGUUAAAUGUGACUUCCUCGGCGAGGUGCAGCUAGAAUGGCCGGGGUCUUCGAUAUCGAGCUGCAGGACGGCGAAACGGUGAACCAGGACGAGUCGGACGACGACAUCAUCGAGACCGGAGAGGGCGACUUCGACACUCCACCGAAUGUAAACAAUCUUCUCGAAUCUGAAAAUGUGGAGAGAGUUCAGUUGUCCGAGCAGAUUGUUAACCCAGGCCAGGAGAAAACCGGGCCACAGGACUUUGAACUGUGUAAAAUCCUUGGGGAAGGUGGGUAUGGAAAAGUCUUUCAAGUACGCAAAGUCACUGGAAAGGACCGGGGCAGCAUCUUUGCAAUGAAGGUAUUACGCAAAGCAUCGAUAAUAAGGAACCAAAAAGAUACGGCACAUACCAAGGCGGAGAGGAACGUCUUGGAAGCAGUUAAGCAUCCCUUCAUUGUUAACUUAAUGUAUGCUUUCCAAACGGGAGGUAAACUCUACUUGAUUUUGGAAUACCUCUGCGGUGGAGAACUGUUCACUUACUUGGAUCGUGAGGGAAUUUUCUUGGAGGAUACAGCUUGUUUUUACCUAUCUGAAAUCAUACUUGCGCUUCAGCACCUUCACAAUCAAGGAAUCAUCUACAGAGACCUGAAACCUGAGAAUAUUUUAUUGGACAGGGAAGGCCACGUGAAAUUAACCGAUUUUGGUUUAUGUAAAGAGCACAUACAAGAAGACACUGUAACGCACACAAUGUGCGGGACGAUAGAGUACAUGGCGCCCGAAAUUCUGACCAGAAGUGGCCAUGGGAAAGCAGUCGAUUGGUGGAGCCUCGGUGCUCUGAUGUUCGAUAUGCUGACUGGCAAUCCACCGUUCACGGGAGACGACAGGCGAAAAACGAUAGAAAAGAUCCUGAGAGGAAAAUUGAGCCUCCCGCAGUACUUGACACCAGAUGCCAGAGAUCUUAUUCGGAAGCUGUUGAAGAGACAAGUGGCUCAAAGGUUGGGGUCCAGUCCAAGCGAUGCCGAACAAGUGAUGAGUCACAAUUUCUUCAAGCACAUCAGUUGGCAGGAUGUGAUUUCACGCAAAUUGGAACCUCCUUUCAAGCCAUCCCUGAAAAGUGCUGACGAUACGUCGCAGUUCGACGAACAAUUCACGGCAACGGAUCCUGUGGAUUCUCCGGUGGAAAGUACUCUGAGCGAGUCCGCCAAUAUGAUUUUCCAGGGAUUCACAUACGUGGCGCCAAGUGUACUCGAAGAGAUGUACACUCAGCCGAAGGUUGUCAAUGCCAGAAGUCCUCGAAGAGGUCUCCUUAGCAGCAGUCAAAGUGGCAGCUUGCAGAGCUUCUCAUCAAGGACCCCCGACACCAAUUUGAGGCCGACCUCGCAUUUUCAGCAACAGCAACACAGGCAUCGCAUAGCAGGAUUAAAUAACACGGAGGACAUGGAGAUGAUGGACGUGAUGCCGUUGCCCCACUAAAAUAAUUAUCAGUGAUCGAAGAUGCAUCGACUCGAGUUUUCUGGGUUAAACUCCUUCGAGCGAUUCCGUCGAGGGAUCAGGGAAAAUGAUCGAUGCAGGACUCGGAGCAAGAGGAACGAAAUCCCGAGGGGCUUGACAAGGCUCGAACCAUCGAGAGAUUUCAAUUGGUUGUCUAAUUCGUGUCGAAUCCUAAAAUACCACGAUCGAGUUAUUCCACGGAAAGGUAUACAUCUCAUCGUGGAAACGAUUUUGUAAAGUACGAAGCGCAAAAGGGCCAUACAGUGAGUAAUCCUACUCUCGUUAGGAACAAGUAGCAAUGACACGUUCAGGGGUCUAUUUUCCCUCUUAUUCAGCCACAAGGACAAGUGUCCUAUCUUCUAGUAUAUCUCAAAUGGCGCUUUAACGCCAGGCCAACAGUUUUGCACUAACACUGCCUGCAUCGGGAUCGUGUAAAUGAAAUAAGUAAAUAUGACGUUAAGGUGCCGCUUUUGUGUCACCUUAACCCUUCGCACUCCCAACUAUUGCUGAUGUCGAGUCACACUCGACAUAGAUGUGCAAAGGGUUAAAGCUAGCGAACAAAACGGGUCUCCUGCCUCGAAGGAAAGAGAGAUGGAUCCUAAUAAGUCACUCGAGGUAGCUAGUUUCGAAUUUUUCCCUUAAUCUCUGUGACCCUAGUUCCUCAAUCUUUGGGGGAGCUUCUUUACGAAACCGUUCUUCUAAGGAUACGUAUACACUACUUUAACUUCUGACCGACAAAGUUGCACUGGAGCAGUUAUCUCUUUGAGGCCUACGAUCGCGCGACGUUCUUUUUCGUCGCAAGAAUUUCCAAUUGCGGCGAAAAUCGAGCACAAAAUGAUUGAGCACUGGGUGUUCGAUUCGACAUUUUCAGAUGACCAUUUUUGUUCUUUUUUUUUUUUAAUUUGUUUUUCAGCGGUCCCUUGGUAUAUGCUUUAGACUGCACUGGGAAUAAAGCUUCAUUGAAUCGAAGAAAUAAUUUAUUUGGAGCACUAUCAAAGAAACAUUUCUUUCGAACAGUACCGAAGGAUUACUUUUCUUCGUUCGAAGGAUAAUCUAUUUCACUCGAACUCGAAUGAAUUGGAUGCAACGUUUCUUAGGAUCGGUGACAAUUUAUUUCAGCUUAAUUCGUUGAAUGCUUUGAUACUGUUCAAAGGAAUAGUUUGGUUCGAUAACUUUUUUUUUGUUCUUUUUUUCUCAUCUUACAGAGAUGCGCACUUUCUCGUGGCCUCGUUCUUUGAGUUUUGCGCAAGAAAUUUUAUCUUUACUUUUGUAAUAAUUAUAAAGUCCCUGUCCGGAGAUUCUCAGUGCAGGACAAAUAUACACUUCGUAUGCAGAUUGUAGAAUCCGACUUUUUAUAAAACGCGACCAGAUGGUUAGAUCUUUGUUUAUUUAACUUUAUUUUACAAUCCGGCUAGUCGUUUUAUCGAUCGUUUUGUAAAAUACCCAGUCGCUCUAUAAAAUUACUAGGUUAGUUGUAAAAUAAAACAAGGGUGAACGAAGAUUUGGCCAUUUGGCUGCGUUUUACGAAAGGUAGGAUUUUACAAUCUGGCUACGAUGUACACAACUAGAUGAUAGUAUUUAGUGGUGCCACGUUCGGAGUUCUGCGGGGUUAUGUAAAAUUGUAUAUGCUUUUUGUUUAUGUACCUGUAUGUAUAUAUACAUAUAUACACAUUCAUAUAUCUACAUAUACAUAUACAUAUAUGAAUAUUCCUUCUUUUGUCUAUGUAUACACCGAGAAACGUGCAAUUUAGACAAGACAUGAAUUAUUUUAUGUACAGGACGUUUUACCCAUGCAUCGAAAGCUGGAAAUGGCUUAUCGAAGUAAUCGGUUGAGUUUUACUAGGAAUGGAAAUCGUUAAAAUAUCAGGUCACCGAUGGGGUGAGCCAAGAGUAUUUCAAUUUUUUACAAAAUGUUAUAAACCAAAAGGUAGUCGAAAUGCGAGCCUAGAAAUAUCCAUUGUUAAUAUAACGCGAGAUAAAUUAAAUAUAUAUAUAUAUAUACAUAUAAAGAAAAGAGAAAAUCUAUAUCCUGCGCUUUUGCGUCUGCUUUUCAUUGGCUCAACAUUUAUUCCGUUCAAGCACAGAUUAAUCGAAGCAGGGGAAGCUGCAAAAGGUUGCCAUCGGUUUUAGAUAUUUCUUGGUUCGAGAAAACAUGUUGCGUAGUUGAAAGAAAAAUACCAUUACUCGUUUAAAAAGAUCUAGAGAUAAUUACAUGUUGAAGCUCAAAGAUUCUACCUUUAAGGCUCCUUUCUUUUGCCCCUUGUCGUAUAAUGUACAAUUUAAUUUUCAUUUUAUCCCUUGUCGGGAGGGGGGCAUAAGUCUACUUCGUCUCGAUGAAUAUUCUAAUAACAUGGCAUGUAUUUCUAAUCCAAGGUUCUGAGUGUUCCACUUGGUCCUUAAUUUCUCGAAUAGGAAGAAACUAGAGAUGAUUAUUAACCUGUCAUUUAUUACAAAAGUAUUUGUAUAGACGGGCACUUUAUUAAAAUGAUUGUUCUUUUUAAUUUUUUUUUUUGGAUAAACCAGACAGAGCAUUCGGAAUUAGAAAAAUAUACCACUUGCUACGAUGGAAUUAAAACAAAAUAUAAGUAAUGUAAAAUCCCGUCGAUGGAAUGGGAUCUUUGCAAAUGGUCAGACAUCGCUUAAUCAAGCAUGUGAUGAACAUUCACUCGGAUUUCAGACUGCCCAAGUGUUCAUCAGCCACCAUAAAUGGCUAGUAUUAUGUACGCAUAGACAACCACGAUGCAGACAAAUAUAGUAAAACCUUUAUAUUGUAACAUUAGUGAUCGAUUAUAAGAUUACUACAAUAAAUAGUUAAAGCCAGACCAUAGCACACCGUAUUCACAUUUUGUUAAGUUUUGCCAUGCGAGGUGCUUUACCAGGCUCGCAGUAAAAAUUCGUUAUUGCGAGUUCAAUUCGACAUAUAAGAAAUAAAUAACGCGUUAGAUCGUAAAUUAAGUUCCCCCUCAUAUUUUUAAAGCGUUAAUGCAAACCUACCGAUGUCCUAUUAAUUGGUAAAAUCAGCCAGGAUGAUUGAGUUAAAAAUAUUCAUUAUGGAGAUGAGCACCCUCACUUCUGAUUCACAAAAAGAAAACGAAUGUACCCGUUACUCUGUUAAUUAUGUCCAUAAGUAUGACGAUUUCAUUUCCAUUAUUGUAAUGCUAAUUAAAAACUAUUUUACAUGUAACUACACCUAAGUACAUUUUUUCUUUGGCAAGUAUUUCCAAGAUUUGUACAGAUCACUUUGCGUGCAUCCGCCUCAGAAUUUAACUUACAACGGAAGACUCGUGUGUGGUUGUUCGCUAUCUCAAGUAAAUUUUAAAUCAUUUACGUUCACCUUUCCAAUAAAGUUCUAAGUACUUAUA